AUGUACAGCUUCAUGGGAGGUGGGUUGUUCUGUGCCGGAGUUGGAAACAUACUCCUCAUUGUCUCCACGGCAACUGACUACUGGAUGCAGUAUCGGCACUCCAGCAAUUACAUGCACCAGGGCCUGUGGCGGUACUGUGUGCCUGGGAAAUGCAUGACACAUACAGACAGUAUUGCAUACUGGGAUGCCACCCGGGCCUUCAUGAUCCUUUCCCUGCUGGCUUGUUUCAUUGGCAUUGUGAUUGGCGUCAUGGCCUUCAUCCACUACUCCUCCUUCGACGGGUUUGACAAGACAUUUGCAGCUGGCAUCCUCUUCUUUAUCUCCUGCUUCUUUGUGUUGCUGGCGAUGGCUGUGUACACAGGGGUGACGGUGAACUACUACGGCAAACGUUAUGGCAGCUGGCGAUUCUCCUGGUCCUAUAUAAUGGGCUGGGUGGCAGUGGUGCUCACGUUCUUCUCAGGUAUCUUCUACAUGUGUGCCUACCGGAUGCACGAAUGCCCAAGAAACUCUAACUCGCGCUGA